CUCAUUUUCACGUUUUUCAAAAGAAACGAAAAAGUUUUAAAUUUGUAACAAAGUCUAUUCACCCCCCUCUAGACUUUGUAUCUCACCACUUUGGGACCACCAAUUGGUAUCGGAGCGAACUUCUCACUAUCUACGUUUAGAUUAACGAGAAGCGAUCAUAAUGGUGAACAAUAUGGAUCACAGUUUGCCCAAGUUUUCUCUUCUAGGUUAUGAUGAUUGGAAGAUCAUGAUGGAAGCACAUCUCUACGCUCUACAUGACUGCAUGUGGAUGGUGCUUGAGGAUGGACCCUUGAAAAUCCAAAUGGAGAAUCCUGAGAGGAAUCCAGCAACUCCAGAUGUAGUCCAGUACAUUCCAAAGCCCAAAGAAAAAUGGGAUGAUAGAGAUUGCAAAAAGCACAAUCUGGACAACGUCGCCAAAGCAGCCAUCUUCAAGACACUUGAUCCCAUCACCUUUUCCAAGAUUAAGCAUCUCAAGACUGCCAUGGAGAUAUGGCAAGGUCUUGGGAAGCUAUGUGAGGGAUCAGAGGACUUGAGAAAGCAGAAAAUAGAGGUCUUUCUUGAGAAGUUCAAAAACUUUAAAAUUCUUCCCGGAGAAUCAUUUGAUAUGUUGGACGAAAGAUUCCACAAAAUCUUAAAUGAUCUUGCAUCACUUAACCACGUUCUUUCUCCCAAAGAAAAGAAUGUAAGAACCUAUGAGCACGAGCUGAAGAAGAAGAAGGAAGAACAAGUCACUCCCUUCCCUACGGCAUUGAUGACAACUCCAAGAGUCCCAUCAAGUGAAGGGACAUGCACAAGAAACUGUGACACACCUUCCUCCAGCCAGCCGUCAAGCUCAAAAAUGGAGAACUACGAUGAGGAAUUUGCCAUGAUGGUCAAACAAUUCCGGAAGUUCAAGAAGUUCUUCAAGAAGGCUGACUCAGUCAGAAGGCCAUCCAAGGGAAAGCCACAGGUAAGUGACUCCCCUCCUAAAUCUUAUUUAUGUUAUAACUGCAGGAAGCCUGGUCACUGGAAGUCAGCAUGCCCGUACCCAAAGGUGGAGAAGUACGGAGAAAGAGAAAGGAACGAGAAGAAAAAGAAGGCAAUGGUUGCUGCUGAAAGUGACGAGUCAUCCAGCUCAAGCUCAGAUGAAGAAGCCCUCGUCUGCAUGGAGCGCAGAGUUGAGAAGUCCAACCAUGAGGAUAGGUGGACUAUCAUACCAACUUCUGAAAAUCUUUUUGACCAGUUCAAAAAGAUGAUGGAAGAUUUUGAGGAAAUAAAUCUCAAACAUUCAUCCUUAACAGAGGAGAACAAACUAUUGAGUGAAGAGAAUCUCAAGUUGACUGAAAGUCGGAAAAGUCAACUGAAUGAGAUCACUCAACUCAAGACUGAAAAUGAAUCUCUCUCUGAAAAGGUGAAAUCCCUUAACAAAGAGCUAGGGAUACUUAAGUCCAAAGAAGCAGUGGACAAGCUUUUUGAAACGACCAAACAAAAGGGUCGUGAAGGACUUGGGUUUGACCCCUCUAGUUCCAAAAGGAAAGGGAGAACAACUUUCAUCCCUCCUAAACCUACUGCCAAACCAAAUAAGCAGAAAGGAAAAUAAAAGGAGAAACCAACAGAAGUUCCCAAAAAGGUAGUCCCUCCUAAGAACUAUAGGAAGCUGGACAGACCUCAAAGAGAAAUAAUUUCAGAAGAAAAACUUCUAACCCCCACUAUACACAAGGUGUAACACCCUAAUCCGUCCAGGUCUCCAGCCCCUUUCGGACUAAAGUAUUAACUUGGUA